AUGUCAGCUCAUCCUCUUUGCGAGCCUAGAGUCGUCUUUCCUCAACGCCCUCGUCUAGACCGUCUUUCUCGUCUUGAAGCCCUUGCCGUCGUCGCCACUUCUCCUCCUGGAACUUGGGAGGCUGGUUCGCCUGUUUACCUCUCUACCCAGUCUGCUCCUGGUGUUCAUUUCGUUCAGCCCAUCCCCCCUCCUGCUUAUGCUUUGCCUUUGCCUGCUGGUUGGACGGCUGACGCUGGUGGUCCUCAGUCCGAACUCAUGACUUUGGUUCUUCAAUACACUGCCGAGAUUGCUCAUACGCUUCAGGAUCUGGUUGGACCCAUCAUCGGUCUUCAUCGCAAUGUCGCUUUCACCAAUGUCCGCCUCUCUCGGGUCAUUACUUGGUGUGAAGACUUCAUCACCCGCAUCGUCGCCAACACAAGCACCUUCGCCUGGCACGUCCGUCAAGCUGAAGAUGAAGUCGCUGCUAGCAGCAUCCACGCCAUCCAAGCCCGCACUGACCUCGCGGCUAUCGAGCACGAACUUCGCAACGGUAUGGUCCCUUUCGUUCCUGCUAACAUUUGGCACAGACGUUUUGUUAACCUUUUCAUUCAGCUUCGCCGUUUGGCUGGUGAGCUUUCGCCGCCGAGACCUGCUACUGAUUAUACACCUGGUCAUCGUAGAAGAGAUGCUAUUUCUGCUGGUUCUGGUAGUCAGGAUUUAGAUAUACCUGAUCUUGCUGCUGUUGGCGAGGAUGAUGCUGUGCUUUUUGAUACCGUUUAUGAUAGUGAUGGUAAUCAUGUUUCGAGAUCUGAUUCUGAUGGUGGACACCCUGGUGGUGUUGAACCUGAUGAUGAUGAUGAGAUGAGUGAUGCUCGAGCUUGCGAUGACGCCGGCCGUGUGCUUGGCGCUCCGAAUGUUCACUUGUUUUUCCUACCUGCCUUGCGUGUUCAUUCAACUAUCUCUCCAAGCGAUAUCAUCAACGUGGACAUCAUCAUGGUGUAUCACAGCUAUAAAUCUUUUGAUCCUCGUAAGAUGUCCACUAGCGACCUUAUCGACCUGUUCGCCGGCCGCUCCACCUUGGGUAUUCGCUCUCCUUCUCCACCUCCCCCACCUCCUACGCCACCACAUCCCCCUCAGGUUGUACCUGCUGGUCUUCCUUGUCUCUGGCAUGGCUGCGAUGCCAACUUCUCCGGCCCCAACAACGCCAACGAUCUCUUCAUGCUCCUUCUUUGGCCUCAGCUUCGUGCUGGAGAUUGGGCAGAACGGGAGGCUGUACUACGUAUACAAGAUAAUGCCAUCCAUUACAUCGGCCCUAUCGACCUUAACACUCUCGAUGUCAGCAGCCUGCUCCACCCAAAGGAGGACGACAAGACUACCCAGAACGGGAUAUAUGCCGCCUCAAUCAACAAGUUCAUCUACUUCAUCCAUGCUCUCACCGUAUACGCCCCUGCCAUCAAUGACCGUACAGAGCAUGACGAUUUAACCUGGUGGGAUCAUCGUCGCGGUAUUCUGAUGUCCCCUCCACUUCGCCGUCAGGGGGUCCAAUGGCUGCUACAAGAUCGCGAAGAGCUUGAGGAGCUGGCUAUCAAGUACCCUGAUGCUUCGGUGAUGUUGUCCGGCCGGGUCUUUUGA